CAGAAUCUACAAUUAAGAACCGAAAGCCUCCUAAAACGAAACUAGUACACAAACAAAUUUAGGGGAAAAACAAAAUUAGGUAGGAAAACGGCGAGGCAGCAAAGCAAACCCAGAGGAUCUAGGGUUGCCUUGGAUCUCUCUGUUUCCAAAGACACAUAUUUAGGUCUCUCUGUUUUUUUUAAUCCAUUACUUCUUUGUUUUUCAUGUAAAUUAGGGUUUUCGAAACGUGUAAGUUGAUGCAAAGGCUGAGAGACUCCUUUGUUUUUGGGACAGUGGUGUCUUGCUCUUAAGGUUUUAACCUUUUUUUUAUCGAUCGAAAUCGAAUUCUAAAAUCGGUGAUUUUGGGAAUUGGACUCUUUUAUCAAUUUUAUCAGAAUCGAUGAUGGAAAAGGCGGAUUUUUGAGAUUUUUUAAUCUUUAAUUUAUAAUAUUAUUUUAUUUUUGCGAUCUGUCAAUAUGCGAGGACUGCACAAAUCCAAAAGGGUUACUUGGGCACCGGAUGUUAACCUUUGUCAGAUAAGGCUCUUUCUAUCAGAGGAAUCACCUUUACAAGUUGGGUUGGGAGCUCAAGAUCACCUCCAAGCAAAAACGUCUUCUAUAUCACAUUUAAAUGGGGCAACUGUGGAUGACUUUCUGCCUCCUGGCUUUGAAGGAUCUCGUUCUACAGAUCAAAUGCAGAUUAACUUGACAGAAAUCCUUGUCGUCAAAUGGAGAUGUCCUCUCAGAUUUGUAUUGGACUUGAAUUGGCAAGUGGUUGCCGGAGAGGAAAGUAAAGAGGCAGAUGUUCAAAACCAAAGAGAACUGAGAGUGCUUGAGGCUGUUUAUCCACGCCCAUCUGCAAUUCCUACAAAUCCUUCUGUCUCAGCUGACAUGGCAAACUGUCAGUAUGAUGAUAAGCAAACUCCUCAAAUACCCAUCACUCCCAUUGAAGACGAGGAUGCGGCAAUUGGAACACAAUCGAAUGUCUUAGCACCGUUCGGUGCCCCCACUAGUUUACAGCCUCAGUUGUUGGAUAUUUUACCUCAUUUGAAUUGCAGUAUGCCAAGUAUUUCAAAUGUUCCUACCAAUGAGAAACCAACAGCUGCUGCCUUUACAGCAAUAAAUCAAAGCAAUGAAAAUGGAAACAUGAUUGAUCCUGACUUGCUCGUCCAAAUUCUCAGCAACCCCAAAUUGAUUGAGAAAUUAGUUACAGAACAUGGAGUGGCUUCAGGUGUACAAAGCUUACCUAUAUCAUCAAUCAAUUUGGUACCGUCGUUUGACAUGCCUCCAUCUGCAGGUCACAUCGGUAGAACAGAAAAUGAUGGAGCGUUUUACGGCAAGUCAAAUGGGGUUGGAAUUGGAGCCUCAAAUAAACAUGGUUCGGUUCCUGGUGUAUGUCCAAUUUCGCAUUCAGUUGCAAUGGAACUUCCCCAAAAGAAGGAUGUAAACUAUUACAAGAACUUGAUUCAACAGCAUGGAGGAGAAAGUCAAGUAGGAGGUCAGAAGUUCAAUAACCGAUACAAUCAACAGUUAAGACCCAACCAAGAAGUAAUAAAUAACCCGAGGUCAAGAGAUUCGAAGCCGAGGAUAAUGAAACCUUGUAUUUACUUUAACAAUUCCAGGGGAUGCAGGAAUGGCGCCAAUUGUGCGUACCAACAUGAUACAUCCUCCCAGAACAGGGGCAAUAGUAUUCCCGACGCCCCUACUGCAAAGAGAAUGAAAAUGGAUAGAGAGAUAGGCAGUUGAAAACAUACUAGUAUGCCUUGAUUUUGCAAGUAGUUCAAUUAUGGCUUUCACCUUGAUUUUUCCUUUUAUUUUUUGCGUCUUCCAUCCACCAUUUGAUGAAUUACUUACCAUCACUUGGGGAUAUCAUUUUCUGGGACGGCUUUUCUUUUUGGUGGUUUCCUUGUUCUUCCUUGCUUUGAUCCAAAUUUGAUAAUGUUAUAGUCCCCCUAUAUAUAACAUACAUGCAAACUCAUCUUCAAUUCA